GCUAGUAGCAAAGAAGUUCCAGUCCCCAGAGUGCCAGUCAACCAUCGACGGCCAGACCGCCGCCAAGACCAUGAGCGACACCGCCGUCAUCACCGUGGCCGUCGACAACUCUCUCAUCCGCAAGAGCCGCACCAACCAAUGGCCUGGCGCCCGCAAGGGGCUGCAGACUGGCACACAAUCAGCAGAUGGGAUUGAGAGCGUGAUGUUCACGUACCGAUUCAUGGAGGAGCGGCCGGGCACGUACCGCACUUGUCACGACCGAGACCCGACCACAAUGUUCACCGACGUGCAGGAAAGCGAAGCUGGGUUGUCCCAUUCAGAACACGAUGCAGUCAACGUGCCACACGGAGACGAGGGGCAGACCAGAUACGGAUUCGCUCGCACCGCCGACCGAGAACUCAUGGCGUGUACCCCAGGAGGCAGGGGCAAUGCCGUCCUUGCAUGCCCUCAAGCACAACUCAUGGCCAGUAACCAAUGUUUUAAAUAGCGGACUAUUGCCAAAUAGCGGCGGACCUCAAAAUCAACUAUAACGGAGUUAUAGCAGGCUAUAGCGGGCUAUUUGUACAUGGGAUCAUUUAGCGGCACC